CACGCCUGGCACAGGUUUUGCGUUGCUUGGUAGACCGCACACCGUAGCUACGCUAACUCAAAACCCAAUCGCUCUUCCCCUUCUUCAACGCCAUCUCAAAAUCUCUUCCUCUCCCAUCUUGAGUGAAAGCUUUUGUUUCCUCAAUAUCGCAAUUGCAUUUUCUUGAUACCCCAAUCCUCAGCGACUUCCUUUGAGAUACCCAAGAUACCUUAAUCAUUCCUUCCACCUCCCCAUCUGCCACCCAUCUCACGCAAUUAUGGCCUCUUCCAGCGCUGUGAACAGACCCACCGACGUCAAGCAAAAGGAGACUGAUGUCAACAACAAGCUUCAGCUCUACGGCAUCUACUCAGCUUUCGCAAACGGCAAAGCUCCCUCAAACAAACAGAUCGACAUCGCCCUCAACAGCUUCCUUGCUUCUAAGCCCAUCUCCGCUCCAUCCAAGAAGCUUUCUCCAGAGGGCCAAAAGCUCGUCGAAGACUUCAGAGACGUCGUCACCAAGGCGAAGCUUUUGCUCUUGACAAAGAACAGCGGAAAUGUCCUCCAAGACUUCAUCUGGCAAACACAGCAGCUGGGCGAGGUUGAUGUCAAGGCCCCAGGCGCUCCAGUCGACAAGGACACUGCCAAGCAGCAUGGCAAUGAGGCCCUCGAUGGGCUGAGAACACUCGGAACGCUUCUGAUCAGUAACGGUCAAUUCCGCAAGCUAUUGAGUGAUGCUUCAAUUCUGCUCCGCGACAUCGCUGGUGACGCUGCUCAGAACGCUGCGAACGUAGUAAAUCCCGACGAGGAUGCGUUGAACCAGAUCGAUAAGCCAGCUGAUGACAAUGUUUGGCAUGACACGCCGGAUCUAUCCGCCGCCAAACUCAAGGAGCAGGCAAAGAACAUCUCCCCGUUCAAGAAGUCGGAUCUCGACAAAGCCGCCGCUGAUGCCUCUGAGGCUGCUACUGGUACGCGUGAUCCUAAUGCUGCCGGCGAUAUUGCAGCGAAGGAAGCUCAAUCUGGACAAGACCAAGGUGUUGACGCUCAAGGCGGCCUUGCCGCUGGUGCAUCUACUCUCAAGAAUGCUGCAUCCGAGAACAUUGACGAUAAGCAGAAAGAUAAGGUCAACGCGAAGGCCAAGGAGCUUCGUGAGAAGACUGAUAAAUACCUCAAGAGCAAGAUGCCCAAAGAACGUCGCGAGCAAACCAUCUGGCGUCUCAAGAAGAUGGUCAUUGAAGUCCAAGGUCACCAAGAUUACCUCCAAGCAAUCGAGACUCUCCUUCGCCUCGCCGAAGAGUACACUGGCCACGGAAGAACUCUCGCCGAGCACGGCCAAGGACAAGUGAAAGGUGCCCACGGAGCUGGUUCUUUGAAAACUGCUGAAGCUGACUUGAAGACUCUGAUCGAACGAUUUGCCAACAGCACGUCGCUCGAUGACCUUUUCGAGUCUAUCAACGCCAUCUACAAGGAUGCUGAUCAGGAUCCGGAGCUCAAGCAAUGGUUCAAGGAUGUUGACACUUACAUUCGCAAGUGCCUCAAGCAGCAGGGCUUCAUCAUGGAGGAUGAGUCCACUCGUCAGUACAACGAGCUGUAUGACCGUGGCCGCUACCUCCUUCGCGAGAAAUACCGUACCCACACCGACCGCGUCCUCAACGAGACAAAGUCGUAUGCCAACCAGUUUGAUGCGGACCCGCAGAACAAGGAAUUCGGCUUGAGCCUCCAGAAACUGUUCCAGGACCUCGGAAACGAUGAGAAUGGAAAGCCGACGUUUAAGCCUCAUCUCGUCAAGGAUCUCACAGAGGUCAUCUUACCUGCCGUAUUCGAAUCUGUCCGAUACGUCCCAAUCCCUCGUAUCGAGUACUCGGAUAACCAGGUCGAUGCCAUUAUCGAGAACCUGGUCAUCGAAUCUGACAAUCUUAUGCCCAACAUCGCCGAGUUUGGAAGCGACAACUACUGGCGCUGGGGCCGCAAGCAAGUGGCAUCCAAGAAUAAGAACAAGGUGAUGCUGUCUGUGUCUGGAAUUCAGAUGGACCUCAAGGAUGUCAGCUACUACGUCAAGCGCAAGCAGGGUACCCCUAAGAUCACUGACAAGGGUGUCGUUGACCUCUUCCUCGGUGGCUCUGGUCUGUCGUUCAAGAUCGAGAUGGAGACUGCGGACAAGGACAAGAAGGACAACGCGCAUUUCUUCAAGGUUAACAAGGUCUCUGUUGACAUCAAGAACAUGAAGAUCAAGAUCAAGAAGUCUAGCCACAAGCUCCUCUUCACUCUCUUCAAGUCUCUCGCCCUCAAGACUCUGCGUCCUGCUAUCGAGAAGGCUAUUGAGAAGCAGAUCAAGGAUCAGGUCAACGCGCUCGACUCCAAGUGGUAUGCCAUCCACAAAGAAGCAGAGAAGGCCAAAGAGGACGCUAAGCGUGACCCAUCGCCCGAGAACGUCCAGAACAUCUACCAACGAUACUACGCUGCCAUGAACAAGAAGGUUCUCGAGGGCAAGAAGAAGGCCGACAAGGCGAAGGAGGCUCAAGUCAAUGUUGCCGUUACACAGCAUGACAGCAUCUUCAAGGACAUUACCCUCCCUGGCGGCAUCAGUUCCAAGGCUACCGACUACAAGAACCUUGCCGCAAAGGGCGAGAAAUGGGAAUCUCCUGUCUUCAGCAUCGGCAAUGCUGCUGAGACCCCGAAUGUUCCCUCAUUGAAGCCCAUCACCCGAGCUCAUGCUAAUGGUUCAUCUGCUAUCCCGACCACCACCACUGGCGCAGUUCCUGCCAACGGUUUCAGUGCUCAGGUUGAUGAUGCCUUCAAGUCAGCUCCUGGAGUUGUUAACGGCUCUGCCAACACUGCUCCUGUCGUCUGAGUCGACCGUAGCAAUGAUGCAUGGCGCACGAUUCCAAUCAUGGAGUGUCGAUGACAAAACCGAACGGUAGCGAACAUACGUCGCCAUCCAAGCUCGUUUCAUUUGUUAAUCCUUGACUGUCUGCUACAAUCUUCUUCAAAAUGAUACCAUGUUCGCUUUGUGCGUUGGCACCAUGAGGAGGACCAGGCCUAUCGGCUGGUCGAACGGUUCUAGGGGUCGGUAUAUAUGUGCUUUCUGUAAUCAGGACCAGUGAAAAAUGAGGAAUGGUUUCGAGCUUCUGUGUAUAUAUACGCAGGGUACGGUGGAGGGGUAAUAUUAAUGAAACUCGUGCUAUGCUCGUCGU